AAGCCCAACCUCAUCCUUUCAUAUCAUCCGAAUAUGGUCUCCCUCCUUCGUGUAGCGGCGUUCCUUUUCAUCGUGCCAGCCGCCUUGAGUGCGCCACCUCCAGCCCGGGGCCUGGAUGCCAACGUGGCACGCAACACAGGCACGCCAGUUCCCAUCAUCCGCGAUGGACAUUCCUGGAACGGUACUGCAAAGACAGCGAAUGGCACUCUCACCUACCAUCGGUUUGGAAGGGCACUGAACACGACGGAUACCGUUCUGAGCGGCCAUUCUCAGCCCCGCGACGGGCCUAGCUCAGGUGCCCACGUCGAAGGAGUAACCUGCCAAAAGGAAUUGAUGGACAGGCGCCCCGAAAGGAACAUUGAAGAUAUGGACCGCGCGGUUGAAUGUCUCAUCGAUAACGUCAACGGUUUGAAGAUCAUGGACGAGCAAUACCGCUGGUGCACUGUUGGAUAUGAGACCGCAUAUCUGUGCGUCUACGACAGAGAGUUGUACGACCCCGUUGAGUCCAUCCGCUCUUUCAUCAACGACAUUGAUAGAACGUGCGGGGAACACUACUACGGAUUCGAGCGAGUUCGGAUCAGUGAAUUGAUAUACCGUCCCAAGAGGGUGGUGUAUGCUGUGGGUCGUACGUUCGAUGGAGAACAUUUCUGCAAAAAGGGAUUCGCACCACGGCGCAACGACACUCACGUGCCCUCUGCUACUGAUCGACGAGUGUCUGGUGUACACUAUGAAUAG